GCGGGGCUAGGUGACAGCGGAGGCGGGCGGGACGCUGGGAGCGGUGACGGUGCCGACGGCAGCGGGAAGAGCGGACAGGGCUGGACCUCUUUGGUGGCGCCUAGCCCGAGGAGGAGCUCCGGAGCGGGCGGGAGGCCUGCAAAGUUCACGGGCGGGCUGGGCACCCGAACUUGGGACAAGUUGCCGGAACCCACUGGGCGCCGACGGCGGACAGAUUGACCUUCAGAGCGAGGGAGCCAGUGCCAGCCUCCGCCAUGGCGUCGCGCAUCGGGCUGCGCAUGCAGCUGAUGCGGGAGCAGGCCCAGCAGGAGGAGCAGCGGGAGCGCAUGCAACAGCAGGCCGUCAUGCAUUACAUGCAGCAGCAGCAGCAGCAGCAGCAGCAGCAGCAGUUGGGAGGGCCACCCACCCCGGCCAUCAACACACCCGUCCACUUCCAGUCGCCACCGCCCGUGCCCGGGGAGGUGCUAAAGGUGCAAUCCUACCUGGAGAACCCCACUUCUUACCACCUACAGCAGUCCCAGCACCAGAAGGUCCGGGAGUACCUGUCUGAGACCUACGGCAAUAAAUUUGCUGCCCGCAUCAGCCCUGCCCAGGGCUCUCCGAAGCCUCCGCCAGCGGCCUCCCCCGGAGUGCGAGCUGGGCACGUGCUGUCCACCUCGGCCGGCAACAGCGCCCCCAACAGUCCCAUGGCCAUGCUGCAAAUCAGCUCCAACCCCGAGAAGGAGUUCGAUGAUGUCAUUGACAACAUUAUGCGUCUGGACAAUGUGCUGGGCUACAUCAACCCUGAAAUGCAGAUGCCCAACACGCUACCCCUGUCCAGCAGCCACCUGAAUGUGUACAGCAGCGACCCCCAGGUCACCGCCUCCCUGGUGGGUGUCACUAGCAGCUCAUGUCCGGCCGACCUGACUCAGAAGCGAGAGCUCACAGAUGCUGAGAGCCGGGCCCUGGCCAAGGAGAGGCAAAAGAAAGACAAUCACAACCUCAUUGAGAGGAGACGGAGGUUCAACAUUAAUGACCGCAUCAAGGAGUUGGGAAUGCUGAUCCCCAAGGCCAAUGACCUGGACGUUCGUUGGAACAAGGGGACCAUCCUCAAGGCCUCGGUGGACUACAUCCGCAGGAUGCAGAAAGACCUUCAGAAGUCCAGGGAGCUCGAGAGCCACUCGCGGCGCCUGGAGAUGACCAACAAGCAGCUGUGGCUUCGCAUCCAGGAGCUAGAGAUGCAAGCAAGAGUGCACGGCCUCCCCACUACCUCUCCCUCUGGCAUGAACAUGGCAGAGCUGGCGCAGCAGGUGGUGAAGCAGGAGCUACCCAGUGAAGAGGGCCCCGCCGAGGCUCUGAUGCUGGGGGCCGAGGUCCCUGACCCAGAGCCAAUGCCGGCUCUACCUCCGCAGGCCCCGCAGCCUGCACCCGCCCAGCCGCAGUCCCCAUUUCAUCACCUGGACUUCAGCCACAGCCUGAGCUUUGGGGGCGGUGGCGGUGAUGAGGGCCCCGCGGGCUACUCUGACCCCCUGGGGCCAGAACAUGGCUCCCCGUUCCCCAACCUGUCCAAGAAGGAUCUGGACUUCAUGCUCCUGGACGACUCCCUGCUGCCGCUGGCCUCCGACCCCCUGUUCUCCACCAUGUCCCCCGAGGCCUCCAAGGCCAGCAGCCGGCGAAGCAGUUUCAGCAUGGAGGAGGGCGACGUCCUGUGACGCUGGCUUGCCCACCCUGUGUGCCAGGGGAGCCGGAGCGGAGCCUGGGGACUUGGGAGGGUGGAGCACCUCCCUUCCGCCUCUGGGUGUGCAGUUAGCCACCUGUCCUGCCUCCGUCCCCCCCCACCACCACCCCUUGUUUGGACUUAGCAUCUACCUGGCAGCCCAGUGGGGCCAGGAGAGUCCCCGCCCACCAGCCUCAACACGUCUUUUAUUUGGGGGGAGGGGGGAGAGAGGCAGCCCUGUGGAUCGCGAUGGGGAAGAGCAAGGUGGGUGGAGAAGAGCCCCCCCCCCCCGUGAAGGACAUGUUGGGGAGGAAGUUUAGGAAGUGCCUUCUGUGAGACAGCAGUUGAUCUGGGGGUGCCCAGGCCUGCCUUUGUGGGACUCAGCACCCAGCCCGCCACCCCCGUCCCCUCCGCCUGGUACUCCCCUCCCCCUGAGGUGGAGCACCCACCCCCUCCCUCCUUUUGGUGCUAACAGCUCUCCCCUGGUGGUGAAGUGGGGUGGUCGGAAGAGGGGGUGGGGUCUGGGUUCAGGGUUGAGGGCAAGGUCACAGCUGGGAGGCGCAGCUCCUCUCCAGACCCCCCCCCCAACACACACACUUUGUGCCUUUAGUAAACACUGUGCUUUGUA